CUGAGUCGUUAAUGGAGCCGGGCUUCUGGAAAUGUGUUUUUGAGAGGAUGGGUCCAGGUUUUCCAGGGAGGAGCGACUGACGCUGGAUUCCUGGAUUAUGGCUGCGGCAAGGUCAGGUAGCCAUGGUCACACAUCUACCUCAGAUCCAGCCCUGGAGCCUUGGUUUCGAAACCUCGCCUCCCUUCGUGACGUCAGCACGUGUGGUCGCGUUGGACUAUAAAGGCCUCGCGGGCUGCGCCAGUUUCCAGCCUCGCUGUGGAUUACAGACGCCUAAGAGAAGAGCCCCGCAUCCGUUCGCCGUGACAGUGCUUGCAGCAGCAGGUUUUAUAACCUGAGUCCCCGAGCCCGGCACCGGAGGGCGAGAUGAACGCGCUGGUCUCCCGAGCCGUCCAGAUCUGCGAUCGAUGGUGGCAACCCGAGCCGGCGCUCCUGCCCCCGGGGUGACGCGCAGCCCCGAGUCGCUCAGACAGAUGGCCCCAGGCCAAGUGCCCCAUCAGUCUGCCCCCUGGAGGGAUACCUCCCCCUUUUUCCUCCUGUCUCCACUGAUGGGCCUCCUCAGCAGGGCCUGGAGCCACCUGAGGGGCCCAGGACCUUCAGAACCCUGGUUGUUGGAAGCGGUAAUGGGAGCCGAUCAGGGAGAAGCUGGCCUCGGGGGAGAAGCUAAGACAUUUCCCGCCACCGGCCAUGCCCUCUGGGGCAGGCACUUUCAAGGGGAGACUGGAGACAGUGGAGCAGCUGAGGAGGAUGGAGAAGUGUUCUGGGAGGCCUGCCGUGAUCUAAAAGCCAAUAGUUCUCUUCUUGAAACCUGGGAACUUUCAGAUGAUGAUGGUGAAGAAGAGUUUGGUGGGGAACAAGCAACCAGUGUCCCUAAAGAGCAGGGAAGUGAAUUUAUAGAUGGCCAGCCUGCUCCCCUGUCCCCCAGCCUUCUGAUAAGAACCCUGCAAGAACCUCCUGGAAAGGAGAAGUCUGAGGAAGGAGGAGCUGCUGAAGAGGAAGAAGCGGUCACGUUCUCUUUUCCUCCAUCACACUGGGAGUGUUGUCCAGGAGAGGAGGAGUUCGAGAAGGAAGGAGAAGCUAUAAACAGAGGAGCUGUCAGAACACUUACUGCCCCUUUAUCUCCAGGGUCCAAGCCCAAAGCUUGGGUGUACUAUGCUGGGGAGGAAGAAGAUAAAGCCACAGAGGAAAAAAGAACAGAGAAUAAAGAAGUCACAAAGAGCUCCAUUUCCCGCUCAUCUUCAGGCUUUCACCCCAGGGCCUGGGAGUGUUGUUCAGGAGAGGAAUCUGAGGAGGAGGAAGAUGAAUUCAGUGAUUCAGGAGCAGCUAAGGAGGAGGGAGAAGCUGAGGGUCCCUCCUCUGUCCCAUCCACCAGUGCUUUCGUGAGGGCCUGGGUGUAUCGACCAGGAGAGGACACGGAGGAAGAUGAUGAGGACAGUGACCCAGGAGCAGCUGAGGAGGAAGGAGAAGCUGAGGGUCCCUCUUCCGUCCCAUCUACCAGUGCUCUCGUGAGGGCCUGGGUGUAUCGACCAGGAGAGGACACGGAGGAAGAAGAUGAGGACAGUGACCCAGGAGCAGCUGAGGAGGAAGGAGAAGCUGAGGGUCCCUCUUCCGUCCUAUCCACCAGCGCUCUCGUGAGGGCCUGGGUGUAUCGACCAGGAGAGGACACCGAGGAAGAAGAUGAAGACAGUGAUUCAGGAGAAGCUGAGGAGGAGGGAGAAGCUGAGGCCACAGAUACCUUCUCAAGGGCCUGGAUAUAUAGGCCAGGAGAGGACACAGAGCAGGAAGAUGAUUCAGAAGCAGCUCACCCUGAGCCAAUUCCCUCCCUUCAGGCUCAGAGCACUCUCCACAGAGGCUGGACAUAUCGGCCUGGAGGGGGCACAGAGGGAGGAGAAGUUGCUGAGGAGUGGGGAGAAGCUGAGCCCCGCCCCUUCCGAGUGACCAUCUAUUUACCUGGAAAGAAGCCACCACCUCCCUGGGCUCGUCCUCGGCUGCCCCUCCGACUGCAGAGGAGACUCAAGCCCAGAGAAACCCCGACCUGGCAUCCAGACCCUGAGACUCCCCUAAAGCCCCGAAAGGUACGCUUCUCUGAGAAGGUCUCUGUCCACCUCCUGGUUGUCUGGGCAGGACCGGCCCAGGCGGCCCGCCGGGGACCCUGGGAGCAGCUCGCCCGGGAUCGAAGUCGCUUUGCCCGGCGGAUUGCCCAGGCACAGGAGCUGCUGGGCCCCUGUCUCACACCUGCCGCCCGGGCCAGGGCUUGGGCCCGCUGUGGGAACCCUCCCCCUCCUCUGGCCACCACACCUGCUCCUCCCCAGGUCUCACCAUUGUCCUCCAUUCAGGCUACACCCUUGAUGUUGGGACAUGUUGGAGCAUUUCCCUCCACUCCUCCUGUGUCCCCCUCUCCUUGCCUGGACCUCAGUGGGAGGCAUGGCUAAGAUCAUGGAGUUUCCUGUUUCUAUUAACUAUUUAUUUUUUGUGUGUUGUUUUAUAUAAGAAAUAAAACCUGCUGAUUUGUAGCAAGCAGA